UCGCGUGAGAAAAUUUCAAUGGCGUCCGCGUAAGAAAAAGUUUUCAGUUUUUGUGUGUCAACAAAUUGUAUAAAAUAUUAGGGUAAAACCUGUAAAAGCGUCGCAAAAUUGGUUCAGAGGUCAAGAACCACCACGAUGGCAUCCGCUCAGCGUGCUUUUGCGUCGAAACUUACCAAGCAUAACUCAUCCGACAUUCGAAAAAAUGUUGCAAAUUAUCAAUUGCUGUCCAAAAGUGAUAGCAGUUCUGUGUAUUCAUCGUCAAUUUCUUUAUGCGAACUGGUGGAACCGAUUGACUACGAGGAUUUCCUGACACAGCAUUCUAGCUUAUUGUUGCGGGAUCCGUUGCGAUCCAUUUUGGAUUUUCCGGUCAAUGACGUACAGGUUCGGAUAUUUCCGAGGAAAAUAAGAACCGUUGAACAUGUAGUUCCAAAAGAGGAUAUGGCAGAGCUGCCACUGCAUGUCCAGCAAUGUGUGGAUUGCUAUACGCGUCCCUGGAAAAUGGUCGAGUUCUCCCAACGACACUACUCAAGCUCUUGCAAUUGUUCUAAUAGGGAGCGUGUUGUUGAUAAAGGAGCUCUGAGUCCAAGUGCUUUCCAGCAGGAAUUUGAAAUUGAUCGAGACUACUUUGGAUGUGCUUCGUUAGAAGAAUCUGUUACAUCGACGACAUUGUAUGCAAGCGAGAGCUGCACUCCAAGCAGUAGGCAGUCGAUAGCGAGUCUAUCCUCGGUUUCUACCUGUACCGAUACACUGACUCCGAGAGGGUCGUGGGCUUCGUUUGAUCUGCGUAGCUCAGUAAAUGAUCCAUUGAUUCCAGGUCUGUUAGAGCGAUCGGCACCGGAAGUGAUUGAUCAAAGCAACGAGUGUCGAAGAUUGGAAGAACGACAGCAAGCCUUGUUCAGUUUGUACCCUGAAGCUGAUCCUGAUGAUGUAGUAGAGAAGCGUCUCCCAGCAGAAAUGCCAACGGAACAUCUUGGCAACAGAAUCCAUGUCAAAUGCUUGCAGUUAAAAUUGGAACUCGAAGUCGAGCCAAUUUUCGCGUCAAUGGCGAUUUAUGACGCAAAGGAGAGGAAAAAAAUAUCGGAAAAUUUCUACUUUGAUAUGAAUUCGGAAUCCUUGAGAAGAAUGCUGGUGUCGCAUGUUCCUUACGCAGAUAUCAGUACUCAGGCAAGAGAAGCGAUAUUCGAUAUAACCAAUCCUAGCAAUGAACUUUAUUUGGUAAUUCGGUUGGAAAAAGUGCUCCAGGGAGAUAUUAAAGAUUCCGUGGAACCUUAUUUGAAAGACGACAAAGACAAAUAUCGAGAUAAAGCGAAAUCCAAUGCAUCCGACUUUUGUGAACGGCUUGGUAAAUAUCGUAUGCCAUUCGCGUGGACUGGAAUUUAUUUGACCAAUAUUUUCAACGGCGAUAAUUUAGAAGGGGAUAGAGAUCGAGAAAGCAUGACUUCUGCGUCUAGUUCCAAUAGCUUGGAUCGCAAAUCAUCCUCGAGUAGUUUUGACCAGUUUCGUAAACGUGCCACCGAUAUGGGGACGUUAACGCGAAGAGGUUCUCUCGAAAGGAAGAUGGAAAAACGUCGAUCCUGGUCACCGGAUGAUUUUGCCAACAGCAUUGAGACGUUCCGACCAAUUUCUAUAACUGUUUCAAGUUUUUUUAAACAAGAGCCAGACAAAAUGAAAGAUGAAGAGCUUUAUAAGUUCCUACCAGAGCUGAAACGUCCUGGUGCGCUAAUGAAAAAGCACAAAUGUAUUCCUGGUUCGAUUAAAAUUGAAAUUUCUCCAAUCCCAGAGGACCUCAAAUGCGCUCUUUCACCAGAGUUGGCUAAAAUAGAUCCAUAUCCCAACGAUCACACGCGACCCACCAAAGAGAUUUUAGAAUUCCCGUCUACUACCAUUCUAAAUCCUCAUUACAGCUACCGCAAUCUCCUGUUUGUCUCGCCAAAGGAAUUAAACUUCUCCACUCGUGCAGGAUCUGCUCGAAACAUCGCUGUUCGAGUUCAGCUCAUGUCGGGGGAACGCCAAAAUGAUGCCCUUCCAGCUAUUUUUGGACGCAGUUCUUGUCCGGAGUAUACUGCAGAGGCAUUCACUGCUGUCAACUACCACAACAAACAACCAACCUUCUACGACGAAAUCAAAAUUGCACUUCCUGCAAACCUCAAGCAAAACCAUCACAUUCUUUUUACUCUUUUCCACGUAUCAUGUCAGAAAAAGCCGCAGGAGGUACAAGCGUCAAUUGAAACUCCGGUAGGUUACACAUGGUUGCCGAUUCUAAAAGAUGGUCAUCUGAAUGUGGGAGAAUUUAAUUUACCUGUUAUGGUAGAGGAACCACCGGAUAAUUACUCGUUCAUUCCACCGGAUGUUCAGUUACCAGGAACCAAAUGGCUGGACAAUCACCGACCUGUGUUCUCGGUAACGAUUGACGCUGUCACAUCGGUGCACGCUCUGGACGACUUCCUGGAUAAGUUUAUCUACCUAUGUGAAUGUUUAGACCUGAGAAAGGUUCCACCCCGCAUAGGCGAAGGCAACAUGGAGCGAGAGUUUAAGCGCACACUACAAGAACUGCAGAGUGCUGAUCAGGAAAAGCUGGUGAAGAACUUGCAGGUGAUCCUGGAUAAGCUUAUCGAACUCUUGGUUACUACCUAUCGUAUCGGAGGCGAGGCACUCUCCUUGGGACAGACGGUGUUUGAAACUAUCUGCCAAAUUUCGGAUAAGAUUUUCUUUCUACAGCCCGACGAUCGUUACGGACGGCAGAAUAUAUUGAGCACUUACAUUCAAUUUCAAUGUAAAAUUCCGCACCCGUUGGACCCGAAGUGCAAGUUGUCGUCAUACAAUCGUCAUGGGCAGGGUGGAAACGCAGAAGAAAUGACACGAUCGACAAGCAAUCCAGAUCUUCAGCAGAAUUGUCCGAUUCGAGGUUCGGAGAUGACCAGCUCAAUGAGCGGCAAGUUGAUAGAUCGUGCAGCCAGUAUGCGUACCGAAAUGUCCCCUAGUGCCAGCGGACCGAAGGAUGGUUUGAUAAGAUUGUUACACGAAGAAAUCGCACUGAACUGGGUCGUUGCCAGCAGCUCGGCCGCGGAGCUAUCAAUGACUAACUCAUGGAUGCUGUUCGAAUUGAUAAUCAAGAGCAUGAUCGAGCAUUUGGAACUGACCAAUUCGUUGAACUCACCGCGGAAAAAUCGCUUUCCACAUCAAUACACCGAUGAUAUUUCCACCUUGGUUCAUUUGGUCACUACGAAAGUAGUAGGAUAUAACAGUAGUGACCCGAAACUAGCGCAAUCGAUUAAUUCCAGUUUGGCGUUCUUUGUGUUCGACUUGUUGAGCAUUAUGGACCGUGGUUUUGUAUAUGGAUUGAUAAAAACUUACUACAAAGUGAUAAUGACCAAAAGUUCAACUCCUGAUAUGAUGCUCUAUAAGCUAGACUUUCUGCGCAUAGUGUGCAGUCACGAACAUUUUGUAGCGUUGAAUUUACCUUUUGGAACACCAUACACUGCUCUCUCGGCUCCGUGUAGCCCUACUCCCAGUGUUACUUCAAAUAACAGUCAAAAUUCAUACGUUAGUGCAAUGGCAGGAAUCGAUAAAGCUCUCUAUGCUGAACUUAGCGCCGAAUUCCGACAGCAACAUUUUCUGGUCGGACUAGUUCUUCAAGAAUUAGCCUCCGUACUUGAUAUCUCAAAUACACAACUGCACGGUAAAGCAAUCCGCUGUCUAAGAAAUUUAUUAACUUCUCAUGAUUUGGACCCGCGCUAUAAUGAAGUUGAAGCUCGCGCUCGUGUGGCUGCUCUGUACAUUCCUUUACUGGGUAUAGUAAUGGAUACCAUUCCACAACUGCACACACCGGCUGCCGAGUCUCAUGAUCGAUUGAAUACAAUCGGUUUGUUGGAUGACUACCAAGGCCCAACCACAACUAUUACGACUACCACAAUUAAUCCGGAGGUCGCCUAUGCCAUUUCCGGUAUUCGAAACUAUUGUUAUGUACAAGAUACACCCAAAAAUAAAACUCCAUUGAGCAGCGAAAACACGCGUCAUCUACUUUCGUGCUUCCUCUGGGUGGUGAAAAAUCUUGAGCAGAGUACUCUUUACAAAUACACACUCGGAUUGAGUCCGCACCGAGUUCAUCAGAUGCUACAGGUGCUGAAUAUUUGCAUUCCCAACUUCGAGUACCGCGGCCGCAAGAAACCAACAUCAAAGCGGAAUACGUCUAGUUUCCGAAAGACUCCGGAUAUGAAGGAAAAACUAGAAGAGUGCAUCCGCGGAACAGGGUCUGCUCGAAACGAUCUCAUAAACCGUCGAAAAGAUCGAUAUUCAACGGAAAAAUUUCGAUGGAAGAAGGACCAAAUUCGAACGCAAUUUUAUGAUAGCAAUAUCAAGAACGAAGCAGAACUAGAGAUUACGUAUUACAUAGAGGGCUCACUAGCAACCGAAGUCUGUCUCACCAUUUUGGACACGCUGGAAAUGAUCGUGCAGGUAGCGUCAACCUCUGAACUGCAUCAUAAUUUGUUGGGAACAGUUCUAAAAGUGUUGCUUCACGCGUUAUCUCGAAAUCAGAGUACACUGGCGUUGCAGAAUCUGUUCGCGUCACAACGAUCACUUAUUUUCAAAUAUCACAAUUUGUUGUUCGACGAAGAAACGGACAGCUGUGCAGAUUUGUGCCUGCUGUUGCUGAAACAUUGUGGUUCUCAGCUGCCGACGGUACGAUCGCAGGCAGCGGCUUCCUUAUAUUUACUGAUGAGGCAAAAUUUUGAGAUUGGAAAUAAUUUCGCCAGAGUCAAAAUGCAAGUCACUAUGUCACUCAGCUCGCUAGUAGGAACCAGUUCCUCAUUCAGCGAACAAUCACUUCGACGUGCGUUGAAAACAAUUCUUGUAUACGCUGAAUCGGAUACCGAUUUGCAAGACACCUCCUUCCCGGAGCAGGUGCAGGAUUUAUUGUUCAAUUUACACAUGAUUUUAUCGGAUACAGUAAAAAUGAAAGAGUAUCAAGAAGACCCAGAAAUGCUGCUGGAUUUGAUGAAUCGCAUUGCAAAGGGUUAUCAGAAUUCACCAGAUCUUCGUUUGACCUGGUUAGAGAAUAUGGCCAAAAAGCACAUGGAAAGAGCAAAUCACACCGAAGCAGCGAUGUGUUAUGUACACAGUGCGUCGUUGGUUGCUGAAUAUCUCAGCAUGUUGGAGUCGCAAACUCAUCUUCCGGUUGGAGCAGUGUCGUUCAAACAUAUCUCCCCGAAUGCGCUCAUGGAAUCUGCUGUCUCCGAUGAUGUGCUUAGUCCUGGUGAAGAUGGAAUUUGCCUAGGAAAUCGGUUCACUGAAGGAGGGUUAAAAGCUCUUCUCGAGGAGGCCUCAAACUCCUUCCAGAUUGCGGGCAUGUACGAAGCUAUGAAUGACGUUUACAAGGUGUUGAUUCCAAUAUGUGAAGCUAAUAGGGAUUUUCGUAAACUAGCACAGGUUCAUGGGAAACUUCAGGAAGCGUUCAACCGAAUUGCACAAUUGCAUGGUAAACGUGUUUUCGGAACAUACUUCAGAGUUGGCUUCUAUGGUGCGAAGUUUGGAGACCUUGAUCAGCAGGAGUUCAUCUAUAAAGAACCGACGCUAACGAAGUUACCGGAAAUAUUCAGCCGAUUGCAGAACUUCUAUGCUGAUCGCUUUGGACCGGAUGUGGUGCAGAUUAUUAAAGAUUCAAAUACGGUCGACAUCAAAACGCUCGAUCCGGAGAAAGCAUACAUUCAAAUAACCUAUGUCGAACCGUACUUUGAAACAUAUGAAUUAAGAUAUCGCGAGACAUAUUUCGAGAGGAAUUUUAAUAUCAAACGCUUCAUUUUUGCAACACCCUUCACCAAGUCCGGCAAAGCGCACGGUGAAUUACAUGAGCAGUGCAAAAGAAAAACAAUUCUGACUACGGCAAAUCACUUCCCAUACGUAAAGACUCGAAUUCAAGUGGUCAGUCGCGAGCAAAUAGUUCUCGAGCCAAUCGAAGUGGCUAUUGAGGAUAUCCAGAAAAAGACAGCCGAACUGGCUGCUGCUACUAAUCAGGAACCAGCGGAUCCAAAAAUUUUACAAAUGGUACUGCAAGGAUGCAUUGGAACUACGGUCAACCAGGGACCGAUGGAAAUGGCACUAGUGUUCCUGUCGGGCAUUGCGGACAGUACGACUAUUCCUACGAAACAUCAAAACAAGCUUCGGCUUUGUUUCAAGGACUUCUCUAAAAAGUGCUCCGAUGCUUUGAAGAAAAAUCGUAAUCUCAUCUUGUCCGAUCAAAAGGAUUACCAAAAAGAGUUAGAGCGCAAUUAUGCUCGUUUUACCGAGAGGUUGGCACCGCUGAUCACCAUCAGCCCUACACAAGCGCAGGGGGUAGUAGCUGCAAAUAAUGGAUUGCACAACAGUAAGUUAACACCAUUGAGGUGGUAAGUUACAUAUUCCUCCAAAAAGCUAUGCUGUGAAGCAUAAACCUAAAAUACACGUGAUAAAUGUGUGAAAAUCAUGGCGAACUUUGUAGGUAAGCCUACUCUUACGAUUUAUUCAAUUUUUUUGCACCAGUUAGGUUACAAUUAAAUCGUACUGCAAUGUCUCAAACCAAAAACAAACGUAGGAAUAUUGUUUUAUUUUCAAAAUAUUUUAUAACUGUUCGUUCUCAAGGAUGCAGUUUUCUUUUUGUUUCAAAUUCGAAAUUUUUAGACAUUUUUAUCACGAAAAUCAUUGAAAAAAUACUUAAUCAAUAAUCGUGCAUUACAUUUCAUAUAUCGCUCGUACUCAAAUAAUAUCCAACAGCCGUAUUUAUUAAU